GUCACACAGAGAGCAUCAAAUCAGAUAGUGAUUUUGAGAGAAGUGAGACGAAAUUCUGCAACUUCUCUGGGCUGUUUCAUUUCUUGCAGAUCCACGAGCUAGCUAGCCGGUUGACGUAUACCAGUUCUGUGAUUUGGGGAGUUUGUCGGCAAGAUUAUUGAAGAUCAAUGGAGAUGCUCAAGGAAGCAGGGAAGAUGAUUGUAGAGGGUGCUGGAGGAGCAGUACUUGGAUCGGCCUGUGAAUCCUUCCUCAAAUCGAUAGGGAAGUGCUGCAUGUUUGAUUAUCCCGUCCUGGAGAGCGUGAAAUCCACGGUGGAGAAUUUGAAGGAAAUGAUUCCGAAGAUGGAAGAUCAUAACAUGAAGUUGGGUGAUCGUAAAGAUGAAGUAAAAGAACUGAAAGAAGAGAUGGAGCGGGGCACAAGGCUUCUUGACGAGUUGCCGGACUUUAAUAAGUUGAGUUACAACGACCAACUUGUUGAAUUGGAUGCGUCUCUUAAGAGUCUGGUGAAGAAAUUGCGCCUGCAGUCAGCACUUGACGUGAAGGAGGUCUUGGUUUCAACGAAGGAGAAUUCUAAGGUUGUGAAGAAGAACACUAGGGUUGUCAAGUGCACCAAGAGAAAAGUUGAUGCGGUGGAUGAGACUGUUAAAGAUAUCAAGAAGAUGCAGAAAGUGAUCAUGAACAUAAUGAAGAAACAAAAAGUGGCCCUUUUGGAAUGCCAAGUGGAACACGCACUUGAAGGUGCGGCUCUACUAGGUAAACUACUAGAACUUGAUGAUGUGCUUCAAGAUCCAACACUGCAAGUUCCUGUUGCGUACGCAAUAAUAGAAUGGUUUCAGAACAUCAAACGCAUAACACAGCGGAUGCCCCAGAUAUUUGAAUUGGUAGAAAGGAAGACGGCAGAAAAUGAAGACCUGACUUAUAUACCGAUCGAUAAGACCGGAGUUGAACCAAGCCCAAUAGAGAUGUUUAGAAAGUUUCAUGUCUCUGCUCCUUAAGACCAAAAGCCGGAACAUUGGAAGAGUGAGAAGGCAAAGGAUCUUUAUUAGGAGGUCCUCAAAGGGCUCAAACAUUGCAAAACUCUUGGCUUAGGUGGCAAAAUGGAACCACCUGAAGAUGUGUGUGGUUCGAGUAGCAGCCAAACUUGCAAUAAGCAUUUGUGCUUAGAACGUGAAGAGGAGUUUGGACAAGUGAAACAUAAAGUUGAAACUCUUACGGAUGAGGUGGUAGAUUUGAAACAACUCAUUCAAGUUUUGCUUGCAAGAGAAUCAGCCUCUUCGCUUGGUUCCUCAGACUCACUUACAACUGCUCCAAUCUCAAAAUCUGCUCAUGGAGAUUACGAAGCAUGUGCACUUUGAUCUCUGGCUGCU